AAUGUUUAAGAUAAAUUUUAAAAUAAAACUCAAAGGUGUGCCUGUCAUACCAUAUGCUUCAGGAUAAUGGUCACUUAGAUUAAAGCGUUGCACCUAAGAUCCUGAGGCCGUUUCACGGUUAACCUUGCAAGGGGGGUUUGCACCUUUAAGGGCUGUGCGCCAAAUCCCCCCUCACCAGUGUAAUGCAUUUCAGCCUAGUUCACAUAACACUAGUUGACAACAUAGCUGACCUCUCUGAGGAAACCAGCGCCUUUCCUUACAUCUCCUAAAUCUGCAACCAGGAGAUAACAUGAAGCCCAAAUCUUUUCCAUCACAACGGUUUGACAGGAAUUCAGCAGCACUGUCGGGUGAAAGGAGAAGUAGUGGUGCAGCAAAGUAUCAACGGUAUGUUGAUUCUGUGGAUCAAGCAUCCUCCAAUGAAAGCAGACCAAAUAAGAAAGCCAAAAGAGACCUAAACUUUACCUUUCUGCCAGAGAGGUAUGAGCCACUGAUAGAUGAUGAAGCAAAAGAAGAGCAGAAAAAAAGGAAGAAAGAAAGCUACAAGAAAGUAAAAAAGAAUGUUGGGAAGGCACUUCGCACCACCUGGAAGUGUUUGAUGCUUGGCCUGUACAACUUUGCUCUUGCCUACUCCACUCCCAUCACAGUGGCAGCGACUUUUGUCCCAGAUUUCCACCCCAGCAGAGACAGGACAUGAGCUGCGCUGCAGGGAUCCAGCCUUUGGUGUUUGCUGCUAAUAGUUGUAAUACUGGGACCUUGACCAAAUACUCUCUGUAGGCUUUAAACGCUGUUGUAUUUGAAAUAACAUCAUAUGUAUGUUUUUGUUUUGUAAAGUCCACCUAGUUAGAUUUGAUAAACUAAAGUUUCAAUGUUUAAAAAAUGACGUGUGUUUUUUUUUUUUCAUAUUUGACCAGUUUUUAAAUGUUUUAUUAUUUUUUUUUUAUACAGAAAUAUGUCGGGUAAGUUUUUUGCACUGAUCUCGUCAGAUGUAUAUAUUAGUUACAGUAUGCAACUGUUUAUUUAACAGUUAUUUAACAGGACUUUUUGAAUUUGGAAAGGUUUUUUCAUCAACAAUCUUGUUGGAAUUUUUACAUGCUUAGAUGUGUCUCCUGCAGCAGGAUACCAGUAGCAAUUUGUGUAUUUGGGAAAUAAGUGUGGACAAAGAUGUUUAGAAGCAGGACAUUUUUAACAAGAAGGUAAUUAACAGUAUAUUGUAAAAAGACUCUUUAAAAUCAACUCAGCUCUAUGAGAAGGAAGUCAUACACCUGACCAAAAUAUAUAUCAAAAUGAGCAAUGUUUGUUUAUUACGGCAUUAUAAGACACAUUUUAGCCAUGGUGCCCCAUUUUUAUGCAAUUUGUUCAAUAAAAUGCCAUUAAUACUCACUCUUUUCAGGUCAUAAGCCUAGAGUGUGCAGUCUGGUUACAUGCUGGGAAAUGGCAUACAAGAUGUAAUGUUUGCUUUACAAGAAGUUAAACAAGAACAAGAAUGGUAGUCAGUUGGAGCAAGACAGAAAUCAUUUACUUAAAUGAUGAGACAAGAGGAACAGUGAAACUGCAAAGAGGAGUGGUAUUGAGUGUUUAAGUACCUGUAAUCAACCUAUCAAAAAAAACAAAGGGAGCAAACAAGAGAGCAGUGGAAGGAUUUGCCUCAGAAUAGCCGCAAGAGUUAAAGGGAAGGUUUGCGUUAUGGCAUGUAGACCUGUUUUGAUGUAUAGUUUGGAGACCUGUGGUAAAACAAAUUAAAGGAGGCUUAGAUUUUCAUUGGGAGGCAACAAAAUGGACAUGUUUAAAAAAUAGUAUAUCAUAGGCAGAUCAUCAACUGACAGAAGAUGAUAUUCUGUAAUAUAAACUAAAUGUGUUAUAGUAUGUAUUAAAAACCUUAUAAGUUGUGUUGUAUAUUUUUUCAUUGGUAAAAUAAGUUUUGGGACUCAGAUCUUUUGUAGUAACAGAGAAAACGUAUUUUUCUUUAUGAUAAAUGAUGUCUACGUGUAUACUACACUGUAUUUCAUGAUUAAAUAGGAUGUUCAAAUGCUGUUUUAUGUUCUACUUCCGUUUUUGAUCAAAGAUUUUACAAACUCUGUUUGUAACUGUGUAAAAAUUAGUGGCGUAAAAAUAAAUUUGGUUUAUUCUUACGUAUUGAACCUUGAGAGAUGAAAUGUUAAAUUCAAUUGUAAUUUUUUUUUUUUUUGGGUAAAAAUAAAUAAAACAAAUCACUCAGA